AACCUUCUCUCUGCCCAGAGCUCAAGACCAAUGCAUCCCACCACCUUAAACCACUGAGCAUUUCGGAGCCCCAGUAGCAGAAGACUUGUCCUGUUACCACCAUGAGCUCUGAAUGUGACGUUGGUGCUUCUAAAGCUGUGGUCAACGGGCUGGCGCCAGGUAGCAAUGGGCAGGACAAAGCAACUGCCGACCCUUUACGUGCGCGCUCUGUUUCUGCUGUUAAAAUAAUUCCCGUGAAGACAGUGAAAAGCUCUUCAGGCCUGGUAUUCCCUCCAGACAUGGAUCCUACAAAAAUCUGCACGGGGAAGGGAGCGGUGACUCUCCGGGCCUCGUCUUCCUACAGGGAAAUCCCGAGCAGCGGCCCCACAAGCCCUCAGGAAACCCCGCAGCAUGAGAGCAAGCCAGAUGAGUGGAGGCUUUCUUCCAAUGCGGAUGCCAAUGGAAACGCCCAGCCCUCCUCACUUGCCGCCAAGGGCUACAGAAGUGUGCAUCCCAACCUUCCUUCCGACAAGCCCCAGGGUGCCACUUCCUCCAGUUCAGCCCAGCCUGAGGUAAUAGUUGUGCCUCUCUACCUGGUUAAUACUGACAGAGGGCAAGAAGGUACAGCCAGACCUCCAGCAUCUCUGGGGCCCCUUGGCCCCCCAGGCCCGGCGACCGCCCCUGCCGGCUCACCUCUGACCUUCCCGACUCUAGAUGAUUUCAUUCCCCCUCGUCUGCAGAGACGGCCCCACCACAGCCAGCCAGCCGGCGCUGCUGACCCCCACCCCCCCGUUAGCCAGACACCACCAUCCUUCUCACCACCUCCUCCGCUGCUCCCUCCGGCCCCGGAGGGCCUCCGCAGAGCCUCGGAGCCUGACCUCACGGGAGCCGUUUCAAGUACCGAUUCAGGUCCUCUACUAAAUGAAGUUUCUUCAUCCCACGUGGGAACCGAUCCCCAGAGCUCUGCGCCAGCUAGCAAGCCAUCUUCUGCCUACCCCUCUACGACAAUUGUCAAUCCUACUAUUGUACUCUUGCAACACAACCGAGAACAGCAAAAACGACUCAGUAGCCUUUCAGAUCCUGUCUCAGAAAGAAGAGUGGGAGAGCAGGACUUGGCACCAACGCAGGAGAAACCCACCUCACCUGGAAGGGCUACUGAGAAAAAGGCAAAGGAUGACAGUAGACGGGUGGCCAGGAGCGCUCAGGACCUGAGCGAUGUUUCCAUGGAUGAUGUGGGCAUCCCACUCCGGAACACCGAGAGAUCCAAAGACUGGUACAAGACCAUGUUUAAACAGAUCCACAAACUAAACAGAGACACUCCUGAAGAAAACCCUUAUUUCCCUACGUACCAAUUCCCUGAACUUCCUGAAAUCCAGCAAAAUUCUGAAGAUGAUGAUUCAGAUCUGUACUCACCUCGGUACUCCUUUUCUGAAGACACAAAAUCUCCCCUUUCUGUGCCUCGCUCAAAGAGUGAGAUGAGCUACAUCGACGGUGAGAAGGUGGUUAAGAGGUCGGCCACGCUUCCCCUCCCAGCCCGCUCUUCCUCACUAAAAUCAAGCCCGGAGAGAAACGACUGGGAGCCCCCAGAUAAGAAAGUGGAUACAAGGAAAUACCGCGCAGAACCCAAAAGCAUUUACGACUACCAGCCGGGCAAGUCUUCUGUUCUGACCAACGAAAAGAUGAGUCGGGAUAUAAGCCCAGAAGAGAUAGAUUUAAAGAAUGAACCUUGGUAUAAAUUCUUUUCGGAAUUGGAGUUUGGGAAACCGCCUCCCAAAAAGAUAUGGGAUUAUACUCCUGGAGACUGCUCUAUCCUUCCUAGAGAGGAUAGAAAGACUAAUCUAGAAAAAGAUCUCAACCUCUGCCCAGCAGAGUUAGAGGCACAUUUAGAAAACACGGAGAUGCUUAAUAAAGCACCCAAUGCAAACCUGUCCCAGAGCUCAGCAGUCAGCCCCAGCCUGGAUAUUUCUGCGGAGGCUCCUGGAUAUAUCUAUUCUUCCAACUUCCACGCAGUGAAGAAGGAAUCAGAUGGGGCUCCCGGGGAUCUCGCUAGCUUGGAGACUGAGAGGCAGAUUUACAAGAGCGUCUUGGAAGGUGGAGACAUCCCUCUCCAGGGCCUGAGCGGGCUCAAGCGACCCUCCAGCUCAGCCUCCACUAAAGAUUCGGAGUCACCAAGGCAUUUUAUACCUGCUGAUUAUUUGGAAUCCACAGAAGAAUUUAUUCGGAGGCGUCAUGAUGAUAAAGAGAAACUUUUAGCGGACCAGAGACGACUUAAGCGUGAACAAGAAGAGGCCGAUAUCGCAGCUCGUCGCCACACGGGCGUCAUCCCGACGCACCAUCAGUUUAUCACUAAUGAGCGCUUUGGGGACCUCCUCAAUAUAGACGAUACGGCCAAAAGGAAAUCUGGGUCAGAGAUGAGACCUGCCAGAGCCAAAUUUGACUUUAAAGCUCAGACCCUCAAGGAGCUUCCUCUGCAGAAGGGGGACAUCGUGUACAUCUACAAGCAGAUCGACCAGAACUGGUACGAAGGAGAGCACCACGGCCGGGUGGGCAUCUUCCCGCGCUCCUACAUCGAGCUUCUUCCUCCUGCUGAGAAGGCUCAGCCCAAGAAGUUGGCACCGGUGCAGGUUUUGGAAUACGGAGAAGCUGUUGCCAAGUUCAACUUCAAUGGUGAUACACAAGUAGAAAUGUCCUUCAGGAAGGGUGAGAGGAUCACGCUGCUCCGACAGGUGGACGAGAACUGGUACGAAGGGAGGAUCCCAGGGACGUCCCGGCAGGGCAUCUUCCCCAUCACCUACGUGGACGUGAUCAAGCGGCCCCUGGUGAAAAACCCCGUGGAUUACAUCGACCUGCCUUUCUCCUCCUCCCCAAGUCGCAGUGGCACCGCGAGCCCACAGCAACCUCAAGCCCAGCAGCGAAGAGUCACCCCAGAUAGGAGUCAAACCUCACAAGAUUUGUUUAGCUACCAAGCAUUGUAUAGCUAUAUACCCCAGAAUGAUGAUGAAUUGGAACUCCGAGAUGGAGAUAUUGUUGAUGUCAUGGAAAAAUGCGAUGAUGGAUGGUUCGUUGGUACUUCAAGAAGGACAAGGCAAUUUGGUACUUUUCCAGGCAACUAUGUAAAGCCUUUGUAUCUAUAAGAAGAUUGAAAACCGGAGAUUAUUUUUUAUUGGAGGAUGAAGCAUAACUCAUGAACUGGUCUCUUUAUUUAAACGUUGAGUUGGUAGGAAAACUAAUGUAGUGGAUAAAGUAAGAAGCAAAAGAGAGGGACAGAGAAGUAUUGUGUCUAAAGCCCGAGUCUGUCUACGCUGACAGCAUAUCAGGCAAGCCGGACUGAGGAAAAAGGAAUGAGGCAAGUCUGUAUUUACUUAGCUGCUUCUGGGAGCCACUCCAAGCCUUCCCCGCCUCUCCCCUUCUUGGGUAAUCUGACCUGUAACACAGUCCAGGAUCAGUGAGGUCAGAAAUGCCUCUUGCUGCCCUGGCCUUGACCAGCUCUGGCUCGACGUGACCAUUUAGCCAGAAGCAGCCCUCGGGACACCAGGCAGAUCCCCAGCCGUUCUCCAAAGGCUCCGUACCCCAGCCACCCCAGAGCCCACCGGUUUCCCAACGUUGCUGGAAAUCUGCUUAGGCAGCCAAGGCCUCCCCUGGACAGUGGUGGAGGCUACGAGGCUCUCCAAGACCAUGUGCCUCGUUCCUGGGGAACAUGGGGCAAUGGAGGGAGCGUGAAGGUGCCCUGUGCACUGAGCCUGCACGCACCGUGGCCCCCAAUGUCCCUGGUGUUCAGACAGAAAAGCACAUGAGGUUUGCUGGUGGAAGUGGGGUGCCCAGGUCAGGUAGUUAAAGUUGUGUUUCCAAGUGAUGACGUUAGGAAGUUCUGUAGCUGUCAAGGUCGCUUGCGACGUGACCCUUUCCCAUAUCACUGACUUUUGUAAAUGGUUACCUUCGGCACAAUUUCAUUUACCAGAUUGCCAGUGCUAACCUUUCUUUUCUGGAUUGUUUUUGGUCAGGGCAUUUUGAGGUGGCUAGGCCUGUUCUCUCAGAGAACCAGGGAUGGCGUUCAGUGAAUUGUUGAACAGACACCAUCGUAUGCUGGACGCUGGCGCCACCGAGGAGCAGGACAUGCCCCACGCCCUACACUCACUGUGUCCUCAUUUGUACUCCCCGAAGCAGGUUCAGGAACCGCCCACAAGGUAGUCACCCAGGGUCCCCACCCUGGUGAGGCUUCUUUUCAGAGCAGAAGGCACAGAGGCUGUGGCCCUAUGUGCGAGGUAGUGAUUCUGCCGCUCCCGGGAGGUCUGUCCUCUGUGGAGUCACGUGGGAGAAAGGAGGCCCCUGUGACACCCCAGGUGCUCAGUCACAACUCCAUCCAUCUUGAGGAUGUUGGUCAGCCUCUCUGUUAGGUCCCUUGAAGAAAUAGGGACUGGCCCACCCGCCUGUCGGGAACUCAGAGGUGACGGGAGAGGCAGACACACAAAACUACUGGGUCAAGAGAGACUGUGAUAUGUGCUGAGAAGGGUAUGAGAGAGGAGGAGGUUAUCUUUCCCUGGAGACACUCUAGAAAGCAUUGUCGUGUUUCUCUCUCCAUGAGCUCACUCUUGAACAACUAGGCUGCUGGAAGAACCUUUGUCUGAGGGUAGUUUAUGGCCAGAAAUUCUUGGAACUGUUUCCAGAGUCUUCAGACUCUCAUCCUCCCCCACAAAUACACAUCCAAGGUCACAAAUAAAAAGAGCAUUUCUAGGUAGGUGGACUGUGUACGGGAAUCCUGGCUCUCUGCAUAUAGCUCAGAAUUGCCCCCCAACCAUUGUCCCAGAGUCUGGAGUCCUUACAAGGAGGCAGAGUCUGUCUUUAGUGCCUCUGCCUUCUGUCUCUGCCACUUAUCUGCCACCCAUCAGCUCUGCACCCCUGAGCCCCCAUCAGACAGCCUCAUUCUCUCCCUGUCCUCCUUUCAAGUCCUUGUCUCAGGAAAGAAAAUGCUGCUGACUCCUUCACACUAGAGUGUAAAUGACUGAAAAGAGGAAUGUGUUAACUUCUUCCUGGAGACAUUUGUUUUUAACUAGGACAGAGAAGAGCCUUAACCCCAAGGGAUGAGGCUAUGGAACUAAUGGUGGGGGUAGGGGGGCCAGUGGUGGGGGAGGAGCUUCCUGGGUAGAAGGAGCCUCUCUGAGUCUUUCAAUCAGACUCCCUGGAAGUCUGGAAGGUCCACUUCCCCCGGGGGUGCUCUUUGACUCUCUCUGAGGGAAUAUAGUGCAAGUGCAUAUGCACGUGCAUUUUGCACGACAGCAUUUCACUCAUUUUUGGAAUGUUAACUCCUAUAUUGGCUAACGUGUUUCCUGGUCUGUCAUAGAUGCAAACCAUUAAUAAUAAUCUUAAUCUAAUAGUUCUGUUUUUGUUUUUUUUUUUUUUUGAGGGGUGCUUCUUGAUUCAGUAGGUAAUUUUGAACACCUCUUUAAAUACAGCUAGAAAAUAAAACCAAUUUGUAAAGCCACAUUCAUGUAUGAUGCCAGCCUCACGCAUUUGUAGAUCUCCAGAAACCCAGGUAUGCCUCACCGAUUUGCCAGUCUUUAACAAAAUCAUGUCAAAAUUUGCAUCAAACUUCAGCUUCCUAUGUAUGACAAAACAAGGAACCAAGGUUUCCAAUUGCUCUUUUGUCCUCAGACAUUUAGUAAUAUAAAAUACCUAUUUUUAUGCGAGAUAUUUAUACAGGUUUAUUAAUAGCAAGCGCAACUAACUGGCACCAUGCCUUGCAACACAUUUUGAUAUAUUCGCCAUGCUUCUGGGUAAAGGCAAGCCCCAACCACUUACUUUUGCAGUCUCUCUCGGAUCAGUAAAAGAAAAAAAAAAUCAUAUGCAUAAGAAGUAGGACUGUAAAUAUGUAUAUUUAACUUUGUAUAGCCCAUGUACCUACUUUGUAUAGAAAAAUAAUUUUAAAAAUUUGAACUGAAGGGGGGUAAAAUAAGGAAGUCAUGAAGUUUUUUGCAUUUUUAUUUAAAUGAAGGAAUUCCAAAUAAUUCACCUGCAGAUUUUUAGCACAAAAAUAGCCAUUGUAAAGUGUUAAAAUUUCCAAUAAUCAUUCUUUCUGGGAGAGAAGGUCAUUGUUAUCUCAGUUAUAGGUUUUUUUGUUUUUUUUUUAUUUUGUUUUUGAUUUAUUUUUUGCAGUCCUAUUUAUCUACAGUAGGUAUAAGUUCUUUUGCUAGAAUAGGUCACUACAGAGAAGAUUAUAUUCUGAGAGAAAAAUAACUGACAUUAUACAUAACCAAUUAAUUUAAAGUGUUGCCAUUUUAAUCACACACGGAGAGCAUGUACUAUGCCGAAACAGAUUGUUCUCUUCAUUUAUUUUUCUUUAUUGCCGUGGAUCAAUUUGAUAAAUGGGUGUGUUGAGAUACUACAUUUGCUGUAUGUAUUAUUUAAUAAACUUUAUUCAG